GGAGCCGGCGAAUAAUCGGCGCCUAGCAGGCGCGGGAGUUGUGGCGGCAAUGGCGGUCUCGGCACCUGGAUGUCGGAACUGGUCCUUGUGUCCCGAGGUGCCAUCCGCCACCUUCUUCACGGCACUGCUCUCGCUCCUGGUGUCCGGGCCCCGCCUGUUCCUUCUGCAGCCGCCCCUGCCGCCCUCCGGCCUCUCGCUGCGAUCCGAUUGCCUGCGCAACUGGCAAGUUUACAGGCUGGUGACCUACAUCUUUGUCUAUGAGAAUCCAGUCUCCCUGCUCUGCGGUGCUAUCAUCAUCUGGCGCUUUGCUGGGAAUUUUGAGAGAACCGUUGGCACCGUCCGCCACUGCUUCUUCACCGUGAUCUUCGCCCUCUUCUCCGCUAUCAUCUUCCUGUCAUUUGAGGCCGUGUCAUCGCUGUCGAAGCUGGGGGAGGUGGAGGAUGCCAGAGGUUUCACCCCAGUAGCUUUUGCCAUGCUGGGAGUCAACGCUGUCCGCUCUCGGAUGAGGAGGGCCCUGGUAUUUGGCAUGGUUGUGCCCUCAAUGGUGGUGCCAUGGCUCCUGCUGUGUGCCUCCUGGCUCAUUCCCCAGACUUCUUUUCUCAGUAAUGUCUGUGGACUUGGAAUUGGGCUAGCAUAUGGCCUCACAUACUGCUAUUCCCUCGACCUCUCAGAACAAGUAGCAUUGAAGCUCGACCAGAAGUUCCCUUUCAGCUUUAUGAAGAGGAUUCCGAUAUUCAAAUACAUCUCAGGCUCUUCAGCUGAAAGAAGGGCAGCCCAGAACCGGAAGCUGAACCCUGUGCCCGGCUCCUACCCCACACAGAGCGGCCACCCUCAGCUAUCCCCAAGCUACCCUGUGGCCCAGAUGCAGCACGCCAGUGGCCAGAAACUAGCCUCCUGGCCAGCCUGUGCUCCUGGCCACAUGCCCAGCCUGCCUCCCUACCAGCCUGCCUCUGGCCUGUGUUAUGUGCAGAACCAUUUUGGCACAACCCCUAACUCUUCCAGUGUCUACCCAGGUUCCACAGGGGCCUCCUUAGGGGUCCAGCUCCCUCCCCCACUCAACUGCCAUGGCAUUGAAUAUUCCGGGGCCCUGCCCACUCCAGAGACUUCAGGCUCCAAGGAGGGCUCAAGGGUCCUGAUCCCCUGAUGGGAAAUUUCUAGGGAAAUUAUCUUACAUUUCCACCUUCUGAAGAAGGUCCUCUCUGUGCUAAGGUUUUCUUGACAAAAAAUUAUUGAACACCUCUAUGUGCCAGGCUCUGUGUUGAGUACUUUGAUAUAUGUCCUUCUUUCAUCCUCAUGACAACUUUGUGAAGUACAGUUUAUUGCCUCCAGUUUAUAGCUGUAGAAGCAGGACUGAGUAUAUGAAGUCACCUAGCUCUGGAGUGGCACAGCCGGGGUUCUUGACUCCAGGCCUGGGGCUCCUCCCACCUACUGUCCUGCCUCCCAAAGAAUGCAUACCUAGGAGAAGAGUGCAUUGGUUGUCCGUGGCUAGUUCCACUCUGCAUUUCCUUCCUGUCACUCUAUAGUGCUCUUGAUUGUAUAGUGUCUUUGUCUGCCCUUCAGGAGCUCCCAGCUAGUGGUUUCGGCAGUCCCCAGGCCUGUGGAGUGUUUUUCCCCUGCAGUGACCGCCCACUCCCCACCCCUUAAAACUUCUGCCCCAGAAGUAGAAGGACCAAUGUGAACCUCAGCAGCACACUGGUGGAUUCAUAGUGUUGAUUAUCUUUGUAUAAAGAAAUAGCCUCCAACAACCUGCCGUUGGUCUCUGUCUCUGCGUUCUGGCUAGGGAAUAUGAAAAGCAGGAUUUGGGCAAGGGUGAUAUAAGAUGUGGUGGCAAAGAGGAGAGAGAUAGCAGGGGUCAAGUCAGGCAAAUGGCCUUCGCCCACUGGGGAUCUGAUAUGGGAAAUGAGUUGCAAAGGUACUGGGAGAGAUGAAAGGGCAAACAGAAAGAUUUGGCAACCUUGAGAUUAGCGACAACAGGAAGCCACUACUCUGGGAGGAGGGCGUGUUGCCGGAGUUCCAAGUGGGACCACCAUGAGAGGGGCCAUCUGCAAGGCCUUAUACCACAAAGUGAUGCUAGCUUCUCUGCCUGUCAUCUAACAUCAGAGUCUCCCAUGGGCCAAAUUAACCAGGAACUUUUUGGCAAGUAAGCCCAGGAAAUAUAGUUUGGGAUAGGAGGGUGACUCCUCUGAUGUAAGACAGGACAGGAAUAUGAGCCAUCGAGCACUUGACCAGCCUGAGGAGAGCACAUGGCUUGUAAGAAGCCUUCAGCUGGAGCUCACCGCAGUGGGCGCACGUUGAGAAAGCGUGCCACGUUGCAGGUGUUUUCAUGGCUAUUAUUACAUGACAUUUGUUAAUUCCAGAAGCCGGAUGGCCUACUCAGCUGACUGAUAGGUUCUGGGUAUUAGAAGUGAGUAAGACACCUACGAAUCCACCCAGCCCAGAUGAGGGCAGGCAGUGACGGGCACCUGGGUGACCUGCACUAUAUGAGGGGGUGAGGGAUGAAGCUGAGAGGGUGACUCCCAGCUGGAUUGUGCAGUAGGAUUAUCAGCCAGGGCAUUGGGUGCUCAGACUACAGCUGGGUUUUGUCCGCAG